AUGGCGACCUCGAGCUCCUUGACGCUCUCCAGCGCGACGUUUUCCAAGCUGUCGCCGCAUCCAUACCUCCUUGCCAAUCUCCAGGCCUCGGAUUCUUCCAGUCCCUCCGCCCGCACCAAUGGCCGCCUCCCGCAGCAGGCCCGACAGCCCUACAUCAACACCUCAUCGCUGUCGCAUGCCCAUGGCAGCGCCGUUGUGCGUACAGGCGACACCACGGUCAUCUGCGGUGUCCGCGGCGAGACUUUGCUCACGUCAGCUGUCCCCAACUACCGAGCACCCGACGAUUCGAGCGGCGCAACGCUGAACGAGGCUCGCGACUACGAUUUGCUGGUACCCAACAUCGAGCUGGCUACCGGUUGUGCCCCCAAUUUCCUCCCAGGAGUCCCACCUACGACCCUUGCUCAGACUUUGAGCACGCGAGUAUAUUCUCUGCUGCAUAGUUCCAAGCUGCUGAACGUCUCGGGUCUGCGCAUAUACCAGAAGGAUGGAAGCGAGCUGUCAGGUCGUCAAAGGGGCAACGAGGCAAUGGAAGAGGACGAUGAGGGCGAUUCUACAAUAACAGAGAGGGCGGUCAAGGCCCACUGGGUGCUAUACAUCGACGUUCUCUUCAUCUCAUUCGACGGCAACCCAUUUGACGCUGCAUGGGCGGCUAUCCUGGCCGCAUUGCAAGACACCAAGCUUCCCCAGGCGUACUGGGACCCCGAUCGAGAGAUGGUCCUCUGUUCACCAAAAAAGCGUCUACCGCUCACAUUGAGCGGAUUCCCCGUGGCUACUACGGCAGCGGUCUUCACUGCCAAGGAGAAGCCCAAGAAGGGCGGCGGUCAGUACUGGAUUUUGGUGGAUCCGGACCGACUGGAGGAGGGCCUUUGCGAUGAAACUGUCACCAUAGUUGUCGAUUGUCCCAAGGAAGGCACCAAGGUCUUAGGAAUCUCAAACCACGGAGGCACAGUCGUUGGCCCUGUUCUAAUGAAGGAGCUGGCAAAGGCGGCCGAGUCAAGAUGGAACGACUUUCGAAAAGCUGUUAGCUAG